GCCUUGAGUCUGCAGCGGUCAGGUGGUACAGCGGCACACGCAGGAGCUCAGGAAAUCUCCAUCUCACAAACUGUAAUUACGAGCUCUACGAGGACGUGAACGCUUUUUACAUGUUUAAACCUCGAAAUGAAGUAAUUUCAACCCAUAUUCUUAAAGAAAAUCAUUAUAUAGGUCAAUAUCUGCUGCACCUGAAUCUGUUCAAGUGAUUACGUCACUGAUUGCACGUCACGCCAACGGCUCGACCAUUUCACAACAAGCCGUCGAGAGUUUUUAGGGCUUGUUUUGUUUGUUCCAUGGAUGGCUCAUCUAAACAGACCAAUAAGAGACUAUAACUACUAGGGUUUCCCAGACACUUCUCUAAACUGCAGUUGUUCAGCAAAUAGUCCAAUCCCAAACUCACAGCACUGGUUGAAUCAGAAGUUGACUACAAACAAGCAAUUUUGCAGUGGAAAUCGAAGAAAUGUUAGAAAUACAAAUAAUCAAGAUUGAAGACCCAGGAUGUCUGUGGGCUCGUGUCCUGAAAGGACCAGGCAUUCAACCGGACAAUCCAGAGGAAUAUGAGCAGCUGAGGGUGAAAAUGAACCUCUUCUACCAUGAGGUCGACCUGGAUGUCCAAAAACUAAAGCCUGCUGAACUGAAGGAGGGUCUGGUGUGUGUGGUGUUCAGUCAGGCUCUGAAGAGCUGGUGUCGCGCCGUGGUCGAGUCUGUCAUGGACGCUCAGGCCUGGUGUUUGUUAGUAGACCAUGGAGAUCACAUCAUCGUCAGAGCGGAUGAUGUAAGAACUCCUCUUGAGAAGUUCCUGCAGCUUCCCUUCAGAGUCAGAUGCUUUAAACUGGCAGGAAUCCGUCCCAUGACUCUACAGGUGCCGAUCUCCGAAGACAUGGCCGAGCUUGUUCCAUCUUCAACAUGGGACAGCUCUGCCACAAAAUACUUGCACAAUCUAUUACAAGUGUCGACUCUUGUCGAAGCCGUUCUGUGUGAAACGCAUGCAGGCUGUUCUGCCGUUGAACUCUACUUGACUGUCAAUGAUACAAAGAUCUGUGUGAAUCAUGAGCUUGUGGCCAAGAAGUUUGCCUGUUUCAUAAGUGAGAAGUCCAAUGUGCCGGAAGGGACCAGAAAUGGAGAUCGAGCUCCUGUCAGCCUGGCGUGGGACAUUUACUCCAGCCCUCAUCAGCUCUUAGAGAUGAAAGGCUGCUGCCCAGUCAAAGCACCACCGCUGGAUAUUCUCCUCAGAAAAGAGCGGAAAGAUGAUCUACACCCACAGACAGAAACGGAGCAGCAGAAACCACCGGUGUCAGAGGAAAUACCCUCUCCGGUUAAACCUCGAGUCCAUAAACUGACCCGAAAUGCCGGAACUGAUACUAUUGGCAGAGGAUGGCGGAUCAGAGUCGAGGCCACUGACGUUAUCACAGAUGAAACCUCUGCGCCGGCCAACAUGAACAAGUCUCAAUACAUGAAGUUUAAAUUACAUUCAAAGCGGGUUCCUGAAUCUGUUGAAGAAAAGCAGCACAGUCCUGAUCAGACUGAAGAAAAAAACGUCGCUUUGACACCAGCGGCGAGUCCAGAAUCAUGUGCCAGUGGCUCCUCAGAGGAGCAGAAAGUGGCAGCUCUCUCACAAGAGCCAAGUCUUGAUGAUCAGCUGGCCUCUGCAAGACUCAUGCAGUUUCUGAACCCUGAUCCACUCAAUCCAGACCAAGAAUCUCUUGAUGCCAAAGUUGCGCGCUGUGAUCCAGGUCACUCUGGAGUUUUAGUGCACUCCCCCCUUCGUAUUACACCCUGCAGUAACCUGACACGAGCACCCAUCACUGAGCAAUUCAGAAAGUUCCUGCUGUGGAAGAAGUAUAAUGGGCCGAAUGUAGCGGAGAGUUACUGUUGGCCCGCUGUGGCGCGGGGGUUUGACACGGUACUGGUGUCGCACAGCGGUGACAAUCCUCUGUCCUACAUUCCUCCUCUGCUGAUGCUGUUACAGAUGGUUUCUGUCACCUCCAGUCUCGCUGCUCGCACUGGGCCUGUAGCCGUGAUUCUGUGUCCGGGCUGGGAGAAAGUUCAGACGGUGCUGGAGCUCCUGGAGGACAGUAGAGCAACUCAAAAUCUCCAUCCCACAAGUGUGCUGCUGGGCAUGGACCAGGAUGAGCCCAAGAAGUUCAAGAUCCAGAGGAACUGUCAGUUGCUGGUGACAACACCAUUUACCAUGAUGAGACUGCUGGAUGCUCAGUGCUUCCUUUUCCUGAGACUGUGUCACCUGGUGCUGGACGAGGCUGAUGUCCUUUAUUCACAAGCACCUGAGCAGAUGUCUGUGAUCCUGAAGCACUUCCAGAAGGUAGUGUCUGGGGAGGAGAGGUCCUCGUGUCCCAGGCAGAUCGUCGCAGUGGGCAGCCGCUGGAGCGCCGGAAUAGAGGCUCUGGUCCGAGAGCACAUGAUUUGCCCCUCCGUCAUCAUCACGGUGAUGGAGGAGGCCGCGCUGUACGGCAGGGUACAUCAGAGGGUCCAGCUCUGUCUGGACUGUGAUAAGAUCUCCGUUCUGCUCGGAUCUCUGGACUUCCACCCGCCCAAACCACAGAAAACACUCAUCAUUACCAACUCUGCCGAGGAGACAGAGCAUGUGUAUAAGGCUGUGGUCAACACUGCCGUAUUCACACUGAAAGCUCAUGAAGAUGUGACGGACCAGUUUGAGUUUGUCAUUGAUCAGUGGAGGAAAGACAUCGGCCAUGGAACGCAAGUCAUUCUGGUUACCAGCAACGACUGCCUCAAGGCUCUUGGUAUCCGGGACGCCACGUGCGUUGUCCAUUACGGGUUUCCCAGUUCCCCUAAGCUGUUCGGCAGCCGCCUCUUCUGCAUGUCAGAGAAUUUCAGAAGCCUUCCAGAUGUGGAUCCCGGCGAGAGCUGGUCUCCUGCAGCUCAGUCCGUGCUGCUGCUGUCAGAGCAGAACGCCCGUCACGUGUGCGGUGUGCUGCGCUACCUGAGGAGAGCCGGGGCUCUCCUGCCCCCCGAACUGCUACAGUUUGCUCUGGGUGUCCAGCAGGCCAAAGAGGAGCAGAAGACAGACAGACCCCUCUGCUGCUCGCUCAAGAGCUUCGGCUUCUGCAGGGACAGCACAGUUUGUCCAGAUAGACACAUGAUCAACAAAUCCCUGGAUCAUCCAAAGCACCUGGACACUAGCACUGUAAUGGUUUUGCCGCUGCUCAUAAAGACGGCGAACGUGUAUUCUGGCCGUAUCGUGAGCCAGAAAGACGACAGUUACGAGGCUCUCGCUGCUCAAAUGAACGCACACUACGCUGGAGAGAGACGCUGUGCUGUGGAAGUGCUGAAGGGAGAACUGUACGCCAUUCAGGAGGAGAACAUCUAUAACCGUGUGCGUGUGAUGGAGGUGCCGGAUAAAGGAGAGCAGCUGUUCAGCAGCGUCACUGCCUGCUUCAUCGAUGAGGGCCGCACACAGGAAGUGAAGUCACACCAGCUGCUCCAGCUUCCCGCUCAGUUCCAGGAUCUGCCAGACCAGGCUGUAGAGAUCAUCCUGUGCAGGGUUCAGCCCAUCGACGGGGAGGUGGACUGGAACCCCAAGGUGACCAGAGCCGUGAGUCAGAAGAUCAGAGGGAAGCUGCAUCAGGCCAGGGUCGUGAUGAGUGUGGGAAACACUGUCUGGGUUGAUCCGAUGGUGCGUAUGACGCGAGUGCCGGGUCUGAAGACCUACAUCAACGAGUAUAACGUCCACACUGAGAUCCUGGCCUCUGGGUUUGGUGUCAAUAAUCCUCAACACGUGGACCUGCUGAAGAGGGUUUUCCAAGGAGACCAGGACUACAACAUGCUGGAUCAGAACCUGACAGACAACAGGUAUGAGAGCCAUUCGUUGUCCUCAGAGAAGAGUCUUGCGGUCACAGAUGACCUGAUGACCAGCAGGAUGAAGGAUGUAGUCAGCGCUCAUAAUUCCAUGCGCUUCAUCCAGAGCCCUCAGAUCAGCAGUGCUGUCCUGAGCAACGGAGAUAGGGAGCCUUCAGAGGACAGCAGCAGUGUCAUCAGCCCCGAUCUGAACGGAUUCUCAACUCUGAACGGGACCAGCUCUGAAACAGAAAAAGUUGAAGCCCUGAAUGUCAACGAAUUACAGACUGUUAAUAAACUGCAGAGUUUCCAUAAUCCAGCCAUUUUCUCAUUCCAGCCUUCCAGUGUUUCCUGCAGUUUUCACCCGCAGAUCAAGUGGUUUCAGAGGGGUGAGUUUGUGACCGUCUGCGUGAAGCUCAUCAAUCCAGUGAUGCAGAAGUGUGAAUUCAACUCUGACACCGUCAUUUACAGUGGGUACGUGAAUGACCGCCAUUACUACGCAAAGCUUGAGCUGUUCGGUGACAUCAUCGCAGAGAGGUGCUCAUGGGAAAUCAAGUGCAAUGAGCCCGUGAUGAAGCUGAUGAAAAAGGAAAAGCAGGACUGGAGGACGCUCCUCAAACAUAAGAGUGCCUUUGUCAGCUAUGAGUUUGACUACAUUGAUGAGGCUCGUGUUUCUCCAGUAAACGGGCACUCGUUCCUGGCUGAGGUGGGAGAGGACGGCUGUUUCGUCAGCUCCGAGAGCGGCAGCGACAGCGACUGACACGACGGGCCUCAAAUACUAUACAUUAACUGAGCACAGCUGCCUCCACAUCAGUUUGGAGUAAAACUACAUCUAUUUCACUGUCUGUUGACCAAUAAUAAUGAUGAUAAUAAUAAUAAUAAUAGUUUUUUUUUGUGUGUGUGUGUUAUGAGUCCCACGGCUGUCUUCUCAAGGGCUUCUUUGAGUUACGCUAGUUUUGUUAAUAUAUCUACUUCAACAUCAACAAUGUUGUGAAGCGCUGCUUUGCUUGCAGUGCGUAAAGUGUUUUUGUUUGUGUUCUUUCAUAUGGAUAUUUAAGUUUGUUGUAGAUUUUCAUAAAUUACUACACUGUCUAAUAAUAUGCAUGUUCUUUGAUGCAAUAAAGUCACACCAAGCAUA